CCGUUGACGUCACGGACACGUGUCGAUCACGUGAGCGCUGCCGCUGCCGCUGAAGUUUCUAAGAUGGCGGCCAGUAAUUAUUAUGGAUUCACACAUGCAGCUGCCGCCGCCGGCCCGCAGUACAGUGCCCAGCCGCCUCCUGUCUAUUCCCACCCAACCACGGGCAGCUAUAACAUCCAGGCCGCCCCUGGAGUGGCCCAUGCUGUGACGGCCUCGUACCCCACCGCCCACCCUGCGAGUCCCGCGGUCACCGCCCCCUACCCCACCUACCAGCCCCAUCCUGCCCCCAACUACUGCUACCAGCAGCCCGAAACGUCGCCGCAGCUGACGACCACCCAUCAAACCUACCAGGUGCUGACUGAACCGGAGAAUUAUAGCUACGGUCGACUGCCGUCGGUCAGCAGCUACGAGAACAAGCAGUACUUUCAAACGAGCAUCGCACCUGUGCAGCAAACCGCAACCGAGGCCUACUUCCAGACAGGGUUGAAAACCGGCUACGGCACGACGAGCACAGCAUACAGUCAGCCGCCUGUUCAAAGACAGGUCGCAGCUCUGAAACCCCCUCCCGCUGCGAGCUCUGUGUCCUCUAGCUACACCAUCUACCCGACGUCAACCAGCGUACAGCAAAGUCCAGCCCCCAUAUCCACCUACACCCCCAGUUCUUCCUUCAGCUCCACAGCUGCUACGUCUUACUCCAUCGGUCUCAGCUAUUCCAGCUAUGAGUCUAGCGGUUACACAUCCGCGCCGUCGUACUUCCAGCCGGCACAGAUGGUGCCCCCGCAGCCUCAACCUCCACCGCCCCUCCAGCAGCCGCCACAGCCGACACCACCGCAGCAGACGCAACAACUUCCAAAACAGCUCACCAAAUCCUCUUGGAGCAACACCGGGAGUGGCGCAGUCACCACCCCCACCGUCAAUGCAUACAAGAAACCCAUUUUCCACCAGAGCAAAAUCCAAAAACCCAAAGGGCCGCCCAAACAGCCACAGCUGCACUAUUGCGAUAUCUGCAAGAUAAGCUGUGCCGGUCCGCAGACGUAUCGAGAACAUCUGGAAGGACAGAAGCACAAGAAGAAAGAGGCGGCUCAGAAGAGCGGCAGUCAGGUGACCAACGGACCUCGUGGAGUCCAGACGCAGCUGCGCUGUGAAUUGUGUGACGUCUCAUGCACCGGCGCCGAUGCUUACGCUGCACACAUCCGGGGAUCCAAGCACCAGAAGGUUGUGAAGUUGCACACCAAACUUGGCAAACCCAUCCCUUCAACGGAGCCCGUUUUCGUGAGCUCUGCCCCUGUUGCCGUGACAAUGACUACUAGCAAGACAGCGGCGACAACCGCUCCCACCCCUACAUCGGUGGCGCAGAAGACGCUGGCUCCUUCCAAACUCACGGCGUCUCUUGCGAAAAAACCCGCCACUGCUAAAGUUGCCAUUAUCGGCAGCAGAACGUCCACACCAGCUCCGGUAAAGCUGGAGGAGGCGAAGCUGUCUGUAGUGAAGACGGACACUUUGAGUGAAGAUGAGGAUGGUGAUGGUACUGGAGCUCAAGGAGACAUUCAGCCUGUGGGACACGAUUAUGUUGAAGAGAUUCGAAAUGACGAGGGAAAGGUGAUUCGCUUUCACUGUAAACUGUGUGAAUGCAGCUUCAACGAUCCCAACGCUAAAGACAUGCACCUGAAGGGACGGAGACACCGGCUGCAGUACAAGAAAAAAGUGAAUCCAGACCUUCCUGUGGAGAUCAAGCCCAGUAAUCGAGCACGGAAACUUCUGGAAGUCAAACUGCGAAAGCAGAAGCAGAAAUCUGUGCUGAAGAGACAACAAGAGGAUGAACAGCGCUGGCACAUGGAAAUGAGCUGGAGGUACGAGGAGGACAUGUACUGGAGGAGAAUGGAGGAGGAGCAGUUAUACUGGGUGGAGACGAGACACCGAAUGGCCCCGCCUCCUCUCAUGGGCCGGCCCAGCAUGCCGGUGCCGUCCCUUUUGCCCGUGCGACGGCCCGAUUCGCCCGACGACCACCACAUCAUGGCCAAACACUCGGCCAUCUACCCCGUGGAGGAGGAGCUUCAGGCCGUCCAGCGAAUCGUGUCGCAUUCUGAGCGCGCGCUCAAACUGGUGUCUGAUUCGCUGCUGGAGAAGGAGGCGUGUGCUGCGGACGACGACGACAACGACGUGACGGACAAACAGUCGGAGUCUCAGGCUCGUGUUCUCAAAGGAGUCGUGCGCGUGGGAAUCCUGGCUAAAGGUCUCCUCCUACGCGGCGACCGCAACGUUCAGCUCAUCCUGUUAGCGGCCAAGAAACCCACCACCUCUCUAUUGAGAACCGUUGCAGAGCAAAUGCCCAAACAACUAGCGCCUCAGAGAAAGACCCUCCUGAUGUUCUCGGCAGGACCAAGUGCCUUGAGUAUUUAGCGGCUCUGCGACAUGCUAAAUGGUUUCAGGCUCGGGCGAACGGUCUUCAGUCUUGCGUCAUCAUUAUUCGGGUUCUGCGGGAUCUGUGUCAGCGCAUACCUACCUGGG